AUGUUGGAAUCAUUGUUGGAAGUGAAAGAUUUCUGCAGGAAGUCUUCGAAGACAUUCAAAGCUCUAGAAUUAUCCGAGAAGGAGUGGCAGUACGUCGAGGAUUAUCUGAAGUCGCUGAUGCCUGCUAAGAUUGCCACCAAACGCCUCCAAGACGAGCAGUUGACUCUCGGAUCAUUUUUCGGCAUCUGGCUGGAAUGCAAAUGUGAGACACAGAUGGUAAAUACGUCUCUGGCAACUGAGCUCGUGACAGCAAUGGAGAAGAGGGAAGAAAAACUUCUGGAGAACGAAGCUCUCCUAGCUUCUGUAUAUUUAGAUCCAAGAUUUCUACCAUUACUUGCGGACAAGCAUUCUUCAGCAGCCAUUGCGAAGCUGGAGCAAGUCUGGGCGGUUGUGGAGGAACGCAAUAAAGCUUCAAACGAUCUACGAUUGAGUUUGCCCAUUAAUAGGGGUAGAUGUAGCACACAGACGAGUGAAUCAAGCAGUAGUAGUGCUACUAAUCAGGGUUUCAAGAGUGAUUGCUUCCGGAAAAUGUUGAGCCAAGCAGCUGCUGCUCAAAUGAAAAAUCCCACCGCUGUUUUGAACAUCAAGCGCAUUCUGGAAGUCUUUGCAGACACGGCUCUCGCUGAUGGCUUCGUCGAUCCUGAUAUGGAUAUCCUGCAAUAG